UUGUUUACUGUACUUAAUUGUUCCUCACUUAAAUCUCACCUAAAUUUGUCUUUUUGGUUUCAAACUGGCUUUUGAAGAGAAGGAAAAUAGAGUUACAUGAAAGCCACCAAUGUGCCGAGUAAAUCAAUAUGUCACUAUAGUAGUGUGCCCCCCCAUUUGUUACACACACCACCAGCCUGCGCAUGAAAUAUCAUGUACGUAGGUAUUAUUAUGUCAGCGGAGCUGGGGAAUUAAGGGAAAUAAUCAGAUGGAGGAUCUCUCAUUGACGUUGCUACCGGAGGCGUUUUGUGAUCUCACCGUUUCCUGUUUCUCGCACCUCUUCUCUGAAUAUUUCAAAGAAGUGACAACUCUGACACACAAACACACAAGCUUCCGGCAACACUUUAUUUGACUCAACUUAAGAGGAAAGGUAUAGAAGGCUUAAAGCCAGAAGACAGACACCCUUCAGGCUUUUAUUGUGGUGUCCUCGCCGGUUGAUACUAUUUUGUGAUCAUCUUUUUAAUUUUUUAAAAAAUAAAAUCAAAACACACAAAGUUGAUAGUUGAGUUCCUCACAGUCUACACGUUCACCAUGGAUUUGGUCUUGGCCAUGGUGCUUGUUUACAUUUUCACUGGACAGAGUAAGAGUAAGUUUACAACACAACAAUGGGAUUCAUGUUCUAAAGAGUGCCCAGCCGGAUCGUAUGUAGUUGGUGAUUGUGAUCAUCCGGACAGAAGCUACAGAUGUCAAAUUUGCCGCAAUUUUACAUUCACAGACGUAAAUAACACUGUAAGGGAGUGCGAGAGGUGUAACAGAUGUCAUGGUAAUGAAGAGGAAAUAAAGCCCUGCACCACUUCUAGUAAUGCGGUAUGUGUCUGUAAAGACGGAUACUACAGGGAUCCCAGACACAAGACUUGUCUGGAAUGCAACUGUGAAGAGCCUGUUGAACAUCCAGGCUAUACAAGUUGCCGGCUCUGCAAAAAGUGUUUGAAAGCUACAACCACUUCUGCCUCUAGAACUACAACAAGUGGAAGGAGAACUUCUAACAACAUAUCAGGUAUUGCAGAGGGAGGAAAGCCCUGCACCACUUCUAGUGACGUGGAAUGUGUCUGUAAAGACGGAUACUACGUGGAUCCUCAAGACAAGACGACUUGCCUGGAAUGCGACUGUAGCUACUGUGAAGAGCCUGUUCCUCCUGGUCAUAAAAACAUGUGCCAGCUCUGCAAAAAGUGUCUGAAAUCUAGAACUACAACAACAACAACAAGUGGAACCACAACUCCUACCAACAUAUCAGUGAAUCAAACCUCGUGGGAGUUACUCGUGUUGGUUCCGGUGACUCUUCUGUUGUUCCUUUGGCUGAUGCUGCUCCUUGCCAGGAGCCCGAUCGGAUAUCCAGACAGUUGUCUCUGUUGGGGUGUUAACAAAAGCCCGCAGCCGCCCCUCGAGGACCCCGACUCCAGCGAACAAAGCGUCCCUUCAGACACACACCCCGACACUCUGACAUUAAACAUAUGUGAGAAUACUCCCAUGAUGACUCUCAGUCACAGUCCAUCCGUGCCUGAACAUCCAGUCCACAUCAGUCCUCUGGACUGUGAACCCAGAGCCAAAGGACAACAUGGAUCGGAUCGCUGGCCGGCCAUCGUCCUCUAUGCGAUCAUCAGAGAGGUGCCCUUGCGUCGGUGGAAGGAGUUCUUGCGUCUGCUCUCGUUGACUGAUCAGCAACUGGAGCGCGUAGAGCUAGAGGCCGGUUUGGGUCUGGGCUCCAUGGAGAAGCAGUACCAGAUGCUGCGGCUGUGGAGUCAGUGUUCCUCCGCUACCCUGAACGAUGUCUUCUCCGCCUUGCACUACAUGGAUUUAUCGGGCUGUGCCCAGCAGCUGAAGGAAAGCCUGGAGAAGCAGCAGUUUGCAGGCCUGAAGUGAAGCUGGGUUUCUCAGCCUGCAGGAGCUACAGAGAUGGUGGUCUCCACGGGACAUUGCGAGGCAACUGGGGACACACUUGGGGACAUCAGUGCUUUAAACUGUGGACAGCAGUCCACG